AAAUGUUGGUCGUGUGACAAGUGCGUGAAGAAGUUCUCAAACAACCGUCGGUUUCAGUCCAGUGUUUUAUAGGAGAAGUCUUCACAUAACAUUUACAAAGUUCGUCUUAGAAACUACAACUCAAAAUGGCUGCAAGAUCUGCACUGUGCUUCCUGGCUAUUAUCACAUUGUUUGUCUAUGCCUGUGGAAGACCUGCCCUGAAUUUCAACUCUAUCUACAAGGAUUCUCGUUCUUCUGUAAAACAUUUUCCGAGAGUUACAGAUUCCCGGUACGCCUACACUAAAAUUGAUUCUAAAUUGGAUAGUAUACUAAGUGAAUUGCAGAAAGAACAAAAUGACAGAGAUGAUGACGACGAUGAUGAUGACGAAGAUGAUCUUUUUGACGAAAUCAAUGACAUUUUCGAUGACGUCAUGGAUGACGAUAUAGAAGAGGAUGGUGACGAUAUUCAUGACGUAGAAAAAAUUGAAGAGGCAGUAGAUGACGUCAUAGACAUGAUCGAUGACAUUAUUGACGACGACGCAGACGACGAUUCAGAUGAUGUUCCCGAAGACCUGAAUGACGCCCAGGAAGAUAUACUGGAACUUAUCAAAGAUUCUAACGAUGACAAAAAUGAUGACGAGACAUCAGAUAUUAUAGACGAUAUUUUGGAUAUCGUAGAAGACGCCAAAGACGCAGAUGAUCAUAGGCCUAUCGCCGACAUCAGAGUUGUAGAAAGUCUAAGCAAACCUGGUGCAGUUGCCGAAGAUGACAAGGAAUCCAAAAAAAUUGACGAAACUGUUCAAGAAUUACUUGACGAGAUUAAAGACGUUGUUGAAGAUGCAAACGACGAUGUUAAUGAUAUUUUGGAUACGGAUGACGAAGACGAAGACGUACAAGAGGAAAAGGAUGAAGACAUUCACGAAGACGUGGGAAAUGUUAUGGUUAAUUUAAUGCACGGUGUCCAUGGAGUUACAGGUGGCGGUGUUAAUCAUGAUAUAUAUGAAGAAAUCGAAGAAAAAAUGGACGAGGUCGAUGAUUUAAUUGAUGACGCCAUUGAUGAACAUAACGACGAUGACGUCAACGAUGAUGAGAAUGACGACGUCUACGAUGAACACGACGAUUUAGUGGAUGACGUCAACGACGAUGCAGAUGACGACAAUGACGAUGCAGAUGACGACAAUGACGAUGCAGAUGACGACAAUGACUAUUCAGAUGUCAAUGACGAUUCAGAUGACGACAAUGACGAUGACGACAUAGAUGAUGUAGCGGAUGACGUUUUAGAAGUUAUCGUUGACGCUGUUGAGGCCAUGAACACUCCAACAAAUGUGUAAAUUUCAUGCAGGUUUUGAGAUAAAAUAUUGAAUCCUAUUUGUGUGAACUCUGUGGCCGGACCACAUUAAGGCGGAUGUUUGAUUCCUUUUUGUCUGCUUUUUUUGUUAUUUAUUAAAUGGUGCUGUUAUUUUUCUGAA